GCAUGCGUAGUCACGAACUGUUUCGACACGAGGGAUCCUCCAUUUUUUGUCCUCGUGGGAAGAAGAGGCAAAAAAAGGCAAAAUGCCGACGUAUUUUCAACGCCCUGAGAACGCUUUGAAAAGAGCAAAUGAGUUUAUUGAAGUUGGAAAAAAAGAGCCUGCUCUUGACGUCCUUUAUGAUGUCAUAAAGAGCAAAAAGCACAGGACAUGGCAGAACAAGAUCCAUGAACCUAUCCUCUUUAAGUACCUGGAGCUGUGUGUAGACCUACGACGCAGCCAUGUCGCCAAGGAGGGGCUAUACCAGUACAAACUCAUCUGCCAGCAAGUCAAUAUUGCUUCUCUUGAAGACGUCAUCCAGUAUUUCCUCAAGCUUGCCAAUAAGAGAGCAGAAGAUGCUAAAGCAGAAUCAAGGCUGGAGGUAGAAGAUGAUGUGGAUGAUUUGGAUCAGAUACAGACGCCAGAGAGUCUAUUGCUAAGCUUUGUGAGUGGAGAGGAUACCCAAGAUAGGACAGAUAGAAUCAAGCUUACACCAUGGGUCAAGUUUUUGUGGGAAGCAUAUAGAAAUGUCUUAGAGCUGCUUAGAAAUAAUGUUCGUGUUGAAAAAUUGUACCAUGACACAGCUCAGCAAGCUUUCAAAUUUGGGAUGGAAUAUUCCCGCCGAACUGAGUUCCGGAAAUUGUGCGAUAAUCUACGUAACCAUCUAAAUGUUACGCUAAAGCACCAGGGACAACCUAAUUCUGUCAACUUGAACAACGUGGACAGUAUUCAAAUGCACCUAGAAACAAGACUGGCCCAACUGGAUAGUGCAAUCAGUAUGGAACUUUGGCAGGAAGCCUUCAAGGCUGUAGAAGAUGUCCAUGGGAUGAUGCAGUUGUCCAAACGGCAGCCCAAACCUCAAGUAAUGGCUAACUACUACCAGAAAGUUGCUCUGGUGUUUUGGAAGUCUGGCAAUUAUCUCUUCCAUGCAGCUACCCAGCAGAGGUCGUACUUGUUGUUGAGAGAACAGAAGAAAACUCUUACCCCUGAAGAAAUACAAAAGAUUUCAUCUCAUGUCUUGCUGUCAACACUGGCCAUACCCAUUCCUGUAGCCCUUAGUGACACAGAAAAGUACCUUGAGCUUGAUGAAGCUGCACGUGAAAAGAAAAGGAGACUUGCAGCUCUGCUUGGAUCACAAACCAUACCAACAAGAGAGACUCUGAUACAAGAAAUGCUGAAAAGCAAUGUGCUGCAGCACGUUAUGCCACAGCUGCAGACAUUGUAUCAAACCAUGGAGAAAGACUUCCAUCCUCUACAACUCUGCUUCAAGGUGGAUGAGAUUUGUAAAUUUAUGGAAUCAACUGAAGAAAAAGAGUUGAUCCAGUAUAUACAGCCUUUGCAAAAAGUUGCUUUCGUGAGGCUUCUGAAACAGGUUGCUCAAGUCUACCAAACUAUGGAAUUCUCAAGACUCUUGAAACUUGUGCCUUUCGCCACGGAAUACCAACUAGAGAAUGCCAUUGUUGAGAUAGUAAAGAAACGCAAUGUCCAGGUGCGUAUAGAUCAUCGUACAAAGUCUAUCAACUUUGGACUGGACCUUCAUGUUGCUCACAGAGAGGAAGUUCCAGAAGGCCCAUUCCUGCAGAGUAUGCCUUCAGAAUCACUGAGAAACCAACUGAAUAUGAUGGCUGUGGCAGUUAAUAAAGCUAUUAGGAUCAUCAAGAAAGAAGAGAUAAAGGAGAAGAAAAAUGGAGAAGAGGAGCAGCUAGCUCAAGUGUACUUACGCACAUCACGCAAAGAGCACAAACAAAUGCUGGAAAGAAAGGCUGUUAUUGAAGCUCGCAAGGAGUAUCUGGAAUCUCUUCAUGUCCAGAGGGAAAGACAGGAACAUUUGCGUCAGAGACAACAACAAGCUGAAAGUCUACAAGCAGAACAAAACAGACUGGAUGAAGAGAGACGGCACAGAGAGAUCCAACGUCGCAGACAGGAGCUGCAAGACUUAGAAAAGAAACAGGCAAUGGACAAGAUAGCUGCCUUGAAGAAGACUACUGUUGGUGCGAAAGCUCUGAAGGAUCUAACUCCCGAGGAAAUCGAUGCUAUGAAUCCAGAUGAUAUUAUUGCACGCCAAGUAGAACAACUUGAUAAAGAGAAACGUGAGCUCCAGACAAAGCUCAAGACACAGGAGAAGAAGGUUGAUUACUGGGCUCGUGCCAUGCGCCUUGAAGAAAUCCCUCUACUCAAGAAGCAGUAUGAGGAACAUCUGGUAGCUGACAAAGAAUUCUGGGAGGCAGAGGAAGAGAAGAGGAUCAAUGAAGCAAUUGUAAAACAUGACAAGCUUGUUGAAACCAGUCAGAGACUAAGAAGAAUGGCUGGAGAUAAAGAUGAGUUCCUUAAAUCUUUGAUGGGAUCACGUAAUGAAGCUUAUCAGGCAAAACUCAAACAAUUUGAUGAAAUGGUUGAGCAGAAGCGUCAAGAGCGCUUGCAUGAGCGUCGAAUGAAACGCAUCCAGGAAAGGAAGAUGAGGAAGAGACGUGAAAUAGAAGAAGCCAAGCGGAGGGAAGAAGAGGAGAGGGAACGUAAAGAAAAAGAAGAGAAGGAAAGAAAAGAGCGCGAAGAAAGAGAAGCCAGGGAGCGUGAAUACAACGAAAGAGCAGCUAAACUAGAGGAGCAGGCCAGGAAACAACGAGAAAGAGAAGCGGAGAUUGAGAAGCGUUUGGCUUCAGAAGGACGUAAUGAACCUGAAGAACAAGACAAGCUACCACCUGUAAGAGGUUGGAGAGAGGAGGAACGUGAAGGGCCAUGGAGACGUGGUGGACGUGAUAGCGAUCGUGAUUUCCGUGAUCGUGGUAUUGGUGACCGUGAUGGUCCACGUGAUCGUGAUAUGGGACCAUGGAGGGGUGGCCCACGUCGUGGUGACCGUGACCGUGACCUUGAUCGUGAGGAAUCUGGGCCUUGGAGACAACCCAUGGACCGUGAAAGACCUAGAGAUGACUACGUUAGAAGAGACAUGGACAGGGAUAUUCGCAGGGACGAUAUAGAUUCUGGACCAUGGAGAAGAGGUGGUGGUGGUAGAGAUGAAGGUGGAAGAGACGGUUAUGGUCGUGAUAGGGGUGGUGACGGAGGGUUUGAUCGUGGUUCAUGGCGUGAUCGUGAUAGAGGCGGAGACCGCGGAUAUGAAAGGGACCGUGGGUUUGAUCGAAACCGGGGGCCUGACAGAGACCGGGGAUUUGACCGAGACCGGGGAUUUGACCGAGACCGGGGAUUUGACCGAGACCGGGGAUUUGACCGAGACCGGGGGUCUGACCGAGACCGGGGAUUUGAUCGAGACCGGGGAUAUGACCGGGAUCGUGGUGAUAGAGGUGGUUUUGGUGGUGGUGGUAGUUGGCGCGAGUCGGGUGGGGAGCGUGACCGUGAUCGUGGUGGCUUUGAUCGUGAUCGUGGUGGAUUUGACAGGGGUCGUGGAAGUGGAAGUCAGUGGCGCUCUCGCGAUCGUGAAGCAGAACCAGAAGGUGAUCGUGAUGGACGUGAUCGUGAUUCUUGGCGUGGACGUGAUGAUCGUCAGGAUGAGCCAAGCCGUGCCCAGUCACGCCCAGAAGGAAAAUCCUGGUCGGCAUCUAGGCGUGGUCGUGACCGUCCUCCUGGCCAAGAGGGUGACCCAGAGGGAUGGACAACUGUCCAGUAUAAAUGAGAAAUUGAGUCAUUACUUGAGCGAAGAAUCAAUGACAGUAACACUCUAUCCUCCGUUUCGUCUUGAACCAAUGUCAAAGCCAGACAGGUCUUUACCUUACUCUCCCCCUCCCCAAUUUCCUGUAAUAAUGCAGAGAUUAUUUAACAAUGUUAAAUUCCUCUUAAUUUAAUGCAAAAGCUACUUCGGACUAUAAAACUUAGAGACCUGUCGUUACAGGAUGUUAUAGAUUAUAUUAGGAUGAUCACUGUAAUGGAAUUCUUCAUUCAAUAAAUUUAUUGCAAUCAUUCAA